CCAGUACGUAGAUGAUUUCUUCGACGUCAAGAGCAGACCUCAACUCCGUAUUCCUGACUUUAAUGCAGAAGCAUUUGUGACCUUUGUUUUGGACCCUGUUCUCUCAUCUCAGCGAUGCGGAGGGUUCUUUGGUCUACCGUACCUUAUACAACGAGUUGCCUGGAGAUUACCCCAGACUGAGUUGUAUCCCUGGCCCCUCCAUGCGCAAUGUUUGCUGUGGGAGUCUUAGCUACUAUCCUCUUCUUCCUCCAGUUUCUCCUCAAAUACGUCAUCUAUCCGGUAUAUAUCUCUCCUCUGGCUAAAAUCCCGAAUGCUCACUUCACCGCGCCCGUCCUACCGAUAUGGAUAUGGUGGAAGAGGCGCUGCGGUACGGAGAUUCGCACAAUACAUGCCCUUCACCAGAGACAUGGGACUAUAGUCCGACUGGGCCCAAAUGAACUCAGUGUCAACUCAGUACGUGGGUUGAAAAUUAUCUACAAGGGUGCCUUUGAUAAGGACCGAUGGUAUCGCGAUGUUCUCAAGCACUUUGGGAUGGAAAACCUCGUGAGCAUGAUGGAGUAUACGCCGCAUUCUCUGCGGAGGAAUAUUCUCGCGAAUGUAUACUCUAAGUCAUAUUUGCAAAGCUCAAGGGAUUUCCGCAUCACCUCAUCCAGUAUUGUUCUGGAUAAGCUCCUGCCGGCCCUAGAAGAGUUGGCACAGAGCAAAACACCGGUCAAUGUGCUUUCUUUGAUGCAGGCUGCGAGUAUGGACUUUAUGUCGGGAUAUUUAUUUGGAGCUGCCAAUGGCACAGAUUUUAUUCGGCAUGAAGAAUACAGGAAUCACUGGCUUGGUGUCUAUUCGAUAUUCAAGAGGCAGGAUCCGAGAGAUCGGCUAUGGACUGAGAUCGAGAGGUUCUGUUUCUCACUAUGCGAGAAGACGGGAGCGUGGCUGCACGCAGAGAAUGGUGAAAGAGAGAAUCCGAUACAUGGAAUCGAGACUGACCCGGUGGUAUAUAAGCGACUUUCUGAGGGUCUACAAAGUAUGGAUUUGGGGUUUACACCAAUGAGGCAGGUCAUUGCAUCUGAGAUGCUCAGUCACCUACUCGCAAGUGUUGAGAAGUCAGGUGUUACACUUACCUACCUCAUAUGGCAGAUGUCUCGGGACCGGAGCCUUCAAGCGCGUCUGCGUCAGGAACUGCUAGGUCUCCUGCCGGCACUGAGUUACCCUUCGCAGCCUUUGGGGUCAAAAGAUGAUGACUCCUCUCGUCUGCCCCCGACACGAGACAUUAAUGCCCUGCCAUUACUAAAUGCCAUUGUACAGGAGACUCUUCGCCUGCAUUGCGCUGUCCCGGGCCUACAACGCCGGGUGACACCAUCGACGAUAGAUACCACGCUAGAAGGCUACGAAGGAAUCCCAGGCGGAGUCAAAGUGAGCUCUUCGGCGUACAUCCUGCACAGGAACCCAGAUGCGUUUCCAGACCCUGAAAGAUGGCUGCCAGAGCGAUGGCUCGAGCCUACAGAGGAUAUGAGACGAUUCUUCUGGGCUUUCAGCAACGGGGAGCGCAUGUGUCUAGGAAAGGAUUUCGCUUUGCAGGAAAUCAAACUGGUAGUUGCUGCCAUAUACACCAAUUACACGACUACGAUCGUGGACGAUGAAGGGAUCGAGCAGGAAGACUCCAAUCUCGGUUCGCCUAGGAGCAAUAAAUUGAUUAUUGAAGUCAGACCUGCCUGACUUCCUAACAUGGCCUAUUUCAGGAGGACUGGAUAAUAAAUAAGCCGUCCAUCGAUAGGGUUUUGCGCAUUCAAUAUCUUCCACGAUAACUUUUAUGGGGAAACCUCAAUCACUCCCAUGACGAAGACACAAGUUCAGAAGAGCAAUAGAUUCCAUUGGAGAGAUAUGGAGGGCUCAAGUCGAGCCUCAUCAAGAUGCAUCGAGUACGAUGCAUCAAUAGUAAUGAUGCAAUUGAUCAACAUCCGGAUCCCCUUUUCCGACACUGGGAGAUAUUUCCGACCCAUGCUGUACAGCGUAUGUAUCAUAGAACUCUAGAACACGUAAAAACAAAAGGCAUACCACAGUACUCUGAUUCUAAAUUUAUC